UAGGCCACUUGAGAGCGCCACUGUCGGUGUAAUUGUUUUUGUAUGCGUCCGAAAUUAAACAUAGAGCUUUUUGUGCAUUUUUGGUGGUUUAUUCGUGGUUUUUCCCAUCAAAUUGUAGUGUUUAAUGCAAUAUUGGACUGUGUAUGACACAAUUGUGUUGUAGAUAAAUGGAUAUUAAUCUCUACAAUACAAAUGUAAUUGGUAUGAAUCCAGCUGACUUGGGAAUGGUGUGGAUGGGACACAAUUCGAUAAUUAUGGAUGAAAAUGCCACAAAUCCAUUCUUCGCCCAGACAUCGCUGCCAUCAUCAAUGGGACUCUCUGUGAUGGAUGAUCUGAGCCAGCAAACGCAGGCCAUGGUAAAUUUUGGAGAUGCUAGUCCAAUGAUGGGUGUUGUGUCGGAUUUUGCCAAUGGUCAGGCAUCGACACAGCUUCCGGGAGAGCAACAACAGCCAAUGUAUAGUUUGCCGGCUCAUGUAGCGGGUCCGAUUCAGGUACAGGUGGCGGCUGCACCUGUUAACAAUUGUCUCGACACAUCGGCAUACAAAAUGAAUUCCAUUGCAAUGUCAGAGUUGGAGAGUGAGAGUCUCCAGGAGCAUUUUCAGCAGCAACAGCAGCAGAUUCUCAUGAAUGAGGAUCAUCAGGGGAGUUUUCGGUAUCGUCCAUUGGGUCUUGAGAAUGGUGUUGAGAUGGUAUCGGAUUUCGAUAUGAAUGAUUUCAUCAUGCAACAACAGGCCUGUCAGGAGAAUAGCAGUGAUGAAUAUUCGACGGGAGCAUUUUCCCCAAAGCACCAAUCCAUUGCCACUCAGACCAGUCUCGAUUGCAAAGAUACCUUCAGGAAAAUCAGGCCCGUCAAGAGGCCAGGAUUGGUGCUAAAGACACCCAUUGCCUAUGAAGGCAAUGUCGAUCCCUCAGAAAUUCCCAUCCAAAAAGACGGCAUGGCUGUCUGCGAAAAGUGUGGCGCCAUUGGCGUAAAGCACUCGUUCUACACGAAAGAACGACGUUUCUGUAGUAUGUCCUGUGCAAGAAAUUUUGGUAUAAGUCCCGAUCGUAAAAGCGGUAUGGAUUCAUCAGCAAUGGAAGACUUUGAGUUGUCACUGAAGGCAACAACUGUUGCCAAUACAAAUUAUAAGUUUACGUACAAACCGGUCAAAGAGUCAUCUUCGAGCAGUGGGGAAUUGUUUAGGGAUGUAAUGCCGCAGGAGGAGAUGCCUCAGAUAAUGCCAGUGAAGAGGGAGCCAAUGUGUGCCGAGGAGGAACGUAUUGAGACUGUUCGGAAGCGUCCGGGAGAUUCUUUUGACUGGACACCACAAUUGGGUCAGUUGAGUUUUGUAGCGGCGCCCGUUACGUGCUUUCGGCAUGUUCCGGGGUACGAUGUGUGGUCAAAGGUGUCGGUGGGAAUGAAGGUUGAAGUGGAGAAUACGGACUGUGAUAGAGAGAGUCAAACAACAGCAGCGGCUCUUGGGUAUGUUCCUCAUUCAUUUUGGGUGGCAUCUCUGCUGCGUAUUCAGGGAUAUAAGGGUUUGCUGCGCUAUGAGGGCUUCGAUGAUGAUGCCAGCCAUGAUUUCUGGGUGAAUCUCUGUUCGUCCGAGGUGCAUCAUGUUGGAUGGUGUGCCACACGCGGAAAACCACUCAUCCCACCCAAAACAAUUGCGAAAAAGUACUCUGAUUGGAAGGCAUUUCUCACGGAUCGUCUCUCCAAUGCCCGGACACUGCCCACAACGUUCUACAACAAAUUGAGCGAGAGUUUCAGGUCACGCUUCCGGCCGGGUCAGCAACUCGAAGUGGUGGAUAAAAAUCGCAUUUCGCAGGUAAAAGUGGCUACAAUUCAGAAGAUUGUGGGCAAACGACUUUACGUACGAUACUUCGAUGAUGUCGAUGACAAUGGAUUUUGGUGCCAUGAGGAUUCCUCCCUCAUCCAUCCGGUUGGAUGGGCAACAACUGUAGGUCAUCGAAUAGCUGGACCAAUGCACUACAUGAAUCGUAUGGGUCAGGCAAAUGAUGCCAUGAUUGAACUCCUGCCAGAUGACUCUACGCAUGAUCUCUUUAAAAUGAACUUCACCUACGAAGAGUACUAUUUGGACGGGAAAGUGUCGAAUUUUAAGGUGGGAAUGAAACUUGAGGCCAUCGAUCCACUGAAUCUCUCAUCAAUCUGCGUGGCCAGCGUGAUGGCAGUGCUCAAGUUUGGCUACAUGAUGAUCCGAAUUGAUUUCUAUGAUCCCGUCGCAAAUGGUACUGACUGGUUUUGCUACCAUGAGAAAUCUCCUUGUAUAUUCCCCGUGGGAUUCUGCGCGAGGAACAAUAUUCAGCUGAUUCCACCGGCAGGAUAUACGCCCAACAAGUUCAAUUGGGAUGAGUAUCUGAGGAAAACGGGGAGUCUGGCAGCUGGUGAGGAGCUAUUUGACAUGGAAGUGCCAAGUCACAAAUUUCAAGUCGGCAUGAAGAUUGAAUGUGCGGAUUUAAUGGAUCCACGAUUGGUUUGUGUGGCGACGAUUUCUCGUGUUGUGGGACGCCUUCUGAAGGUGCAUUUCGAUGGUUGGGAAGAUGAAUAUGAUCAAUGGUUGGACUGUGAGUCUCCGGACAUCUUUCCCGUGGGCUGGUGUGUGAUGGUGAAGCAUCGACUGGAGGGUCCCAAAGUGGCGACUCCGGUGAAGCCCUUGGCAUCCAAGAAGCGAAGUAAAAAGAAAAUGAGAGGGAGGAAAGGAAAUAAAAAUACCACCUCACCGGCAUCACUAAAGGCUGAGAAGGAGACACCGGGUGGUAGGGUUACAAGGGCUGCUCUGUCUGACAGGCGGUCAGAUGGGAACAAAUUGGGGUCAUCGAUAUCAAUCAAGAAGGAGCAGAGGCAUUCGGAGGAUGAAGAGGAAUUGAGUGCGGGGGAGAGUGACAUGUCAGAACAAACCAAUCAAACUGAGCACAGUGAUACAUCUUCAUCGGUUCUGGGGGCAAAUGCUGUCGAGAGAAUUAAGCCUACAACUCAGUCUUCUUCGUCAACUUCUCCCUUGUCUAAUCCACCUUCAGAACGAAAAGCUACAAGUUACAUCAGUAAUUCUGCGGUAAGCAGUCCCAAGUUUAUUCCUCGGUUAAAUGACACGGGAAACUCUCCGGAUGUUACGGGAGCACCAUCGGCAUCCAAUGAUAUGGAAUUGUGUCCGGAGGUGUGGAAUAUCUUCGAUGUGGCGACAUUUUUGCGUGUAAACGACUGGACGGCCUACUGUGACACAUUCAGUCGGAACAAAGUGGACGGGAAGCGUCUGCUGGAACUGACGAAGGACGAGAUAAUCACGAUGCUUGGCAUGAAAGUGGGACCUUCACUUAAAAUCUAUGAUCUCAUCCAGCAACUCAAGUGCAAACUCAAUCCUACACAAUCGAGGCGAAAUAAGAAAUUCUUAUAGUGCCGCCUGGAUUACAGGGAAGUGAAAGUUCCGGACUUGAUAACCAAAAGUGUUUUCACAACUUGUGCACUUGUGUUGAGUGAAAUUAGAGUGAGGAAUAGGAUUUCUUUCUUUUUCUAUUUGUUUCUGUUUUUAAGGAAUUUUUGAAGAAAACAAAAAUUGAUUUUGCCUCGUUUGGGUUUUACACUCAAGAGAAUCACUUAAGAAAUUUCCCUUGGACAAUGAAAAUCAGUGGAAAUUAACACAAUCAGGGAUUAGCAGGUAUUUAAAGGUGAGAUAUUGUAAAUAUAUUGGAAAAAAAAAGUUUGCCAUAUGAAUCCAUCGAGGCAGAAUUAUAAAAUUGAAAAGCAUCCACAUGAUGAAAAUGUCUUAAGAUAACUUUUUAUAUAGGAUUUCUCAGAAAAAAAAACAAUGUACAUUUGCAGCACAUUGAGCAAUAGAUGAAAAUAUAAGUUAUUUAGAUAUCA